ACUGCACUCGCUCUUCAACCUCACCAUCUCAUCCCUUCCUCUCCCAAGCAUCACCCAAAAAAUGUCCCUCUCUCCCAAGGCAGUCCUCGUCACCGGCUCCGCCAGCGGCCUCGGCCUCAGCAUUGCCAAAUCCCUCCUCGCAAACGGCUUCCUCGUCACCAUAAGCGACAUCAACCCCUCCCGCCUCGCCGCCGCCAAAGCCGACCUCUCUACAACCUACCCUCCCGAGCACCUCCUCGCCCUCGAAGCCAACGUCGCCUCUGAAGACUCCGUCAAGGCCCUCGUCGACCAGUCCGCCGCCCACUUCGGCCACCUCGACAUCGUCAUCAACAACGCCGGCAUCAUGGACAAGUUCGACCCCGCAGGCGACUGCGACACCAAGAUGUGGGACGGCAUCCUCGCCGUCAACCUCACGGGCGCCUUCCUCGUCACAAAGCACGCCCUGCCGCACUUGUUGCAGGCCGCCCAGCCGAGCGGCGGCCUCAUCAUCAACAUCGGUUCCACCGCCUCCUUCUCCGGCCUCACCGCGGGCGUCGCCUACACCGCGUCCAAGCACGGGCUCGUCGCCCUGACCAAGCACACGGCGGGCUUCUACGGCCCCAGGGGCGUCUAUUCGGUUGCGCUCAUGCCCGGCGGCAUGAACGAGACCAACAUUAGCGACGCGUUUGCCGCCGGCAUGAACGUCGAGGGCUUCAAGGCCGUCAAGGAGGCGCACCCCAAGAUGAACAACGUGCCCGUCGACCAUGUAGCGAGAUACGCUGCGUUUUUGUGCGAGGACGGCAUCGGCCAGAGUGCCAACGGAAGCUGUAUCACCUUGACGGGUAACUGGCCAGAAGCCUAA